AUGCUGCGUAGUGGUGGCGUCGCCGGGGGGCCGUUGGCCGUCGAUCCACGUAGUGGUGGUUGUGCGUCGUCCUCCUCUCGGGCCGCCGUCGCCGCGGAUCCGCGCGGCGGCGGGCGUGUCAAGAGUUCGGCGUCGUGUAUUGAGGAGGGCGUGCGGAGGCGGUUCGAGCCGUGGGAGUUGGGCCUCAUCAAGUGCGAGGCGCUGCAGGAGUACAACUUGCUGAAGAACGCCUCGGAGCGGCGCGAGGUGGAGCGGGAGGAGUCCAUCGCGCGGGAGGAACUGACUGCGGACGCCGCUUCGUUCUUGGCCGCGCUGCGUGAAUGGCAGGCGGAGGCGCGGGGGGAGAUCGCGGCCAACCGCCCUUUGUCGCUGCUGCUGGAGCGGCUGCAGCGGCGGGCGACGGCGCAGCAGCGCCGGCACGAAGCGCACGAGGCGGCCCUCCGCGAGGAGGGUCGCGUGGAGUGGCGGCGGGAGGUGGAGGAGAAGGCGCGGCUUCAGGCGUACGAGGCGGCCCUGAUGCAGUGGCGCCGCGAGGGUGAGGAGACGCUGCGCGCAGCCGUGGCCUUUUUGCUGGGGAUGCAGACGCGAGAGCGGCGGGCGGAGGAGGCAGCGCAGGACGCGGCGUGGACGGCGCUCUGCACACAGGAGUCCGCCGACCGCGCCGAGGCCGAGCGGCUCGCCUACGAAAACUUCAUGAACACGCCGGAGCAGGUGGCACUGCGGAAGGAGCGGGAGCGGCUGGAGGCUGCUGCGAAUCGCGCCGCGGCGCGGAAGUUGAAGCAGUUCCUAAAGGAGCAGGAGCACUUGGUGAAGUCCUGCACGCACGCGCGGGGUCAUGCCUCGUUUUUUGAGGGUCCACUUGCAAAGAAGUUGUGCGUCUCCUGCGGGGUGAAGUUUGACGAGACGCUUGGGUAUUACGUGCGCAUGCGGGGGCGGACGAUUGCCCCGCCGCCGACUUGGACGCCGCCGCAGCCUCCACCGGCGCGCGGCAGCGCCACGAGGCUGGCGCCACUUCCACAGCUGGCCAAGUCCGAAGGACGGCGAAGCCUUUGGGGGUGGACGCUGAAUGAGCCUACGCGCCCCACGAAGCUGGGCGGCGGCAAGAAGGCGUAG